UGGCGUUCCGAUUGCAAGACGCUAGAACUAAAAUGCAAAUGCAUUGAAUUAAAUUAGUUUUACGUUAAAUUUAAGAAAUAAACAAUGGAGUUUGAUAAUAUAAUAGUGAAAGAAAACCCGGGGCUAUGUCGUUGUUGUCUUUCAGAAGGUUGUUACAAAGAACUAGGCACUGAAUAUCCUUGGAUGGACGAAACUGAAGUAUAUGCCGAUAUGUUAUUGGAAUGUUUUGAUAUUAGUAUAUCGCAACACAUAGAAGGGCCAAACGGUACAAAUCGACUUAUCUGUGAAGUGUGUAUCACAAGGCUCCGAGAUGCGUGUAACUUUAAGAAGCAGGUCAUGGACUGCGAGAAGAAAUUUGUUGAUAUGAUCGGCAGAGGCGAGUUUAAAAAAGUAUUACCUAUAGAGGGACCUGAUAUGAAGUCUGAACUCAAUCUCGAGGAAGACACGGACGUUGUUACGGAAAUUGAGUAUCUGGAAGAAGGAAUUGACUUCGAUGAUGACAAAGACGAUCCAACGCAAGAUAUAACCGUAGAACCGUUGCCAGUUAAGCCAAAACGCGGUCGACCCAAAAAGAGUUCGACAAAAGUUGAAAAGAAGGCUAAAGAAGAGAAACCUAGGACAUCUAAAACAACAAGCAAAGAUGAAAACGCGGAAGGGCCAUGCGAGCACUUUACCUCAGAGAGACGCAGGAAAAAUAUGCAAAUACUCUUCAACAACACUACACUAAUGCCUUUCAAAUGGAAAGGACGAUUCUUGUGUUUCUAUUGUGCGAAAGAUUACACGGUAUAUUCUGAAUUCAAAAAGCAUACUAAAUCGCACGGACUCUGCACCACGAAGGAUUAUUCUUUGAAAAUAAUUAAAGGCAGCCACAUUGAGAUCAAAUUGGACAUUUCGGACAUAAAUUGCGAGAUUUGCAAUGAACCGUUUAAUAGCUUUGACGAAAUUGUCAAUCAUUUGGUUGGAAAGCACGACAUGGACUAUGAUAAAACGAUUGAUAUCCCGUUCACUCAAUACAGAUUAGUUGAUAUGAAGUGUCAGUAUUGUGGCAAAGAGUUCUCUUAUUUUGGAUAUCUCAUCAGUCACUUGAAGCUUGCUCAUCCGCAGAGUAAUUUUAUAUGUGACGAUUGUGGUGCGACGUUCAAUAUGAAACGAGAUUUGGCGGCUCAUUUUAAGUAUUAUCACAAACAGGGCGGGUAUCCCUGCGAGCACUGUUCAGAAGUUUGUCAUUCGCACUACGAUCUAAAGAAACAUCAAAACAGUUAUCACUUUCGAAGGUGCACGGUGUGCGACUCAAGCUUUGCGUCCUACCAUUUAUUGCAGAAACAUAUUCAGAACGAGCACGCUAAAGUUAAGAACAACAAAUGCCCUUAUUGCGCGAAGAAGUGCCAUUCUUCGCUAGGCGUAAAAUUACAUAUUAAAACGUGCAAGCUAAAAGUGCCCUUAAAACCUCAAGUGCCCCAACCGUCAGAGAACUUUAUCGAGCCGAAGAAAAAGCAAAACAUAUUGCAAAUAAGACAAAACAUCCUCAGUGUGUUGAACAUGUCCACUGUGGUCCCGUUCAAAUUCUUCGGCAAGUUCUCCUGUUUCUACUGCUCAAUUAAGUUUGCUGAGUUCGAUGAUCUCAAAUCUCAUACAGCUGUCGAGCAUCCCGUUUGCGAUAUAACCUCAAAAUGUAUGAAGAAGUGUAAAGGCGAAAGGACGACGGUUAAAGUUGAUAUAUCGGCCCUAUCGUGUAAGCUUUGUUGCCAAACAAUGGAUGACCUAGACGUCCUGAUCGACCAUUUGAUAUCAAAGCAUAACGCGCCAUACGAUAAGACGAUAAAGAAUUGCUUUGAACCGUUUCGGAUAGUGAAAGACAACAUCGCUUGUAUGUCUUGCCCGAGCGUGUUCAGAUAUUUUGCAACUCUCUUACGUCAUAGCAACUCAGAGCAUAGCAAUAAUAGUCGUAUAUGCGACUUUUGCGGACGAAGUUUCAAGAACGUCACCAAUUUAAAUGUGCAUAUUUCAUACGCACAUACAGGAUCUUGCGAGUGUGAUGUAUGCGGAAACCAUUAUAAAAACCAGUGGUGUCUGAACAGGCAUAAGGCGAAAUGCCACAACGCGAAAGAUUUCAAAUGCCCAAACUGCCCAGAAUUGUUCCAAUCCCAGUACCAUAGGCAGAAGCAUUUGAUAAAAGUCCACGAUAUAGGACACAAAUGUACGUACUGCGGGCGGAUGUUUACGAGGAAUUCAUUCAUGAAGGAUCACAUAAGGAGGACGCAUUUGAAAGAGAAGAAUGUAGAAUGUUCGAUUUGUGGGGAGAAAUUCUUCGAUAACUAUUUGCUAAGGAUGCACAUGGUGAAACACGAAGGGGUUAGGAAGUUUAGUUGCGAUGUGUGUUGUAAGUCGUUUUUAAGGCGGAGUAACCUGGCCUCACAUAUGGGUAUGCAUAAGAAGUAUGGGCACGUUGCUGCAUUGUAAAUUUUGGAUGACGAAAAUGUUGUUUGACGGUUUAAAAAGGCUAUGUUAUUAAUUUUUGGACGAAAUUUGAAAAUACUUUUUUGUACAUGCUAAGAAUAAGUAAUAUAUUCUGUUAAUACUCUUCACAGCUUCACUUUUGUUGAUGUUUAAUAUAUUUGAAGCAAGUUCUUUUAUUAGCAAACACAAAUGUAACCCUAAGGGUGGUUUUUUCAUCAGAGAUGUAUCUCUUGAAACGCUAAAUGAAGUGAUGUGAUCGGUUCUUUACAAACACAUCCCUCGCUACGCAUCCUCGCACAUCUCUGGUGGAAAAGCACCCUAAAUGUCGUUCUUCACUUCACUUGCGGCUCAUUAAAACAUUUAUUAUAGUCGAGCCAAUUUAAUAGGCAACAUUUGACGUCUAUCAAUUUUACCUUCGAAGAGAGGUAACCUGCUUAAAAACAU